GAGUCUGAGGAAGCAGAUGGGUGUGUGGGGCCAUAAAGCCUGGAAUAACGCCCUGCCUCGUGACUCUGUGCAGCUCUACCGUCCCAGCUUCGUCCCUUUGGGGGCUGCCACCGUCCCCACCAUGUCGGCAGCAUAUCCGGGUGCGUCCGUCUUCCUGCCCGUGGCCCAAUCCGUGGCCGUGGGGCCCAUCGGUUCCUCCGUCCCCAUGGCGUAUUACCCCGUGGGACCCGUCUAUCCGCCGGGCUCCACCGUGCUGGUGGAAGGUGGCUUUGAUGCUGGAGCGAGGUUUGGGGCUGGAGGCACCGCCAGCAUCCCUGUGAGUACAGACUGACCCCAAAACCAUGCAGGGAGGAGACGUGCCUUGACUUUC